AAGUUUUUCUGUCUUUCCCAGCCCGGAGUGUGUUGAAAAUCGCCCACAGCCACGACAAUGUCCACGAUAAAUUUGCCCCUAAACCUGACCGUUCGCGUCCACCCGGUCGUUCUGUUCCAGAUCGUGGACGCUUACGAGCGCCGUAACGCCGACUCCGAGCGCGUCAUCGGAACUUUGCUGGGUUCCGUGGAGAAGGGUAUCGUCGAGGUGACCAACUGCUUCUGCGUGCCGCACAAGGAACAUGCCGACCAGGUCGAGGCCGAACUGGGCUACGCGUCCGAUCUGUACGACCUGAACCGGCGGGUCAACCCGUCCGAGAACAUUGUCGGUUGGUGGGCCACCGGUCAGGAGGUGACCAACCACAGCUCGGUCAUCCACGAGUACUACGCGCGCGAGUGCAACAACCCGAUCCAUUUGACGCUGGACACGUCGCUGACGGCCGCUCGGAUGGGCAUCAAGGCGUACGUGUGCGUCUCGCUGGGCGUCCCCGGUGGCAAGACGGGCUGCAUGUUCACGCCGAUCAACGUUGAGGUCACCAGCUACGAGCCGGAGGUCGUCGGUCUGUCGCUGUGCGCCAAAACCAUCGGCGUCCAGUCGAACCCGGCCCGACCACGCACGGUUUCGCCAAUGCUAGAUUUGGCCCAGGUUUCCGAGGCGUCCGGCAAGCUGCAGACGCUGCUCGGAGAGGUGCUCAACUACGUUGAGGACGUCCUGGCGGAGAAGCAGCAGCCGGACAACUUUGUCGGCCGUGCCCUGCUCGAUCUGAUCCACUCGGUGCCGAACAUGAAGCACGAGGAGUUCGCCAAGAUGUUCAACUCGAACGUGAAGGACCUGCUGAUGGUGGUCACGCUGUCCCAGCUCAUCAAAACUCAACUGCAACUGAACGAGAAACUGACCAGCCUGACGUCGUUCCUCAGUUAAGUGACACGCGGGAUUUGUGAGACAGUUUUUAUGAACAGUGAACGAUUCGAUUUGCAAAAAGUGUAUCGAGCGCAAACAAGGUAGA